UCCACUACAUCGCCCCUACAUCGCCGCCCCCUGCCCCGGCCUCCACUACAUCGCCGUCGACAGGAGCUCGAGGGGCGGCCAAGGUCGGGGGGUCCUCCUGCCGUGCCCUCCGCCUGUCCCCCGUGCGCCGCCCCAGCAGCAGCAGCUCGCCCCCGGCGUCCGGCGAGAUCGAUGGUUGGCGGUGGUCCACCCAACCUCCGCCUCGUGCUGUUGAGGAUUCUUGCACCUCAGACGCUGCUGGUCCCGUGCGCGCAGGUGGCGCUGCUGCUCGCGUCAGUGCACGCUGCCGGAGUGCGGCCCGGAACCGGCGAUGGACGCCGGGGGCGGAGCUGGUGCUGCGCGCGUCACGGGCGAAACUAAUCUAACUCGUUACUGAAUGUGAAUGGUUUCUGAAUUUCAAUUCAUUCCCUUUUCCUUGGUUGGUUUCUGAUGGAAACUAAUCUAACUCGUUACGAAUCCUUUCCCGUUGUGCCACAUCACAGCUUCCGUGUUCGGUGAGCAGCGUCGUCUCCAGCCGAUGGCCCCCGAGCAGAAGGCCCGGUGGACCAAGGAGAUCGACUGGCUCCUCUCCGUCGCCGACCACAUCGUCGAGUUUGUUCCAUCACGUCAGGUGUCCAACGAUGGCGGGCACCAUGGAGGUAAUGAUAACCCAGCAGCGCAAGGAUCUGCAGAUGAACAUCCCCGCCUUGCGCAAGCUCGACAUGAUGCUCCUUGACGCAAGGAAGAGGUGGAGAGGCUGGGAAGGAUGGAGCCGCUUAACUCGACGUUGUUCGACUACGUGGGCCCCCGGGACGGAGACAUCCAGUGCACGCUGCCGGAGUGCGGCCCGGAACCGGCGAUGGACGCCGGGGGCGGAGCUGGUGCUGCGCGCGUCACGGGCGCGGACGAGGCCGUUUCUUCACCCGGGUGGCCGGCCCCUUCGAUGCAGGGGAGAGGUGCGGGGGCUGGGUGUGGACGGCCCCGUGCUGUCGUCGGAAGCCAUCACCACCGCGCGUGACUCGUCUCCAUCUCGCGGUCGGGUGGUCUCCAUCUCCUCCAUAUGCUGCUCUCCAAUCGAACCACGGCGGCGAGGCCCAGGAACGGGAUUCCUCCCGUGACCUGCUCUCCAAUCGAGCCUCCCAGUAGCGGAAUCGAGCCUGCCGUGCUCGACGGUGGAGGCCUGCUGCCGCUGCCCUCCAAUUGACGACGACGGUCGCGGAUCCCCCGUCGCUGCUCUCCAAUCGAAUAACCAUGUCGUGCUCAAUGGUCCAUCCUGCACAUCCCAAUCAAACGAAUCGGCUCGCAUCGGGUCGAACACAACAGACACCAAAAAAGAUAUUCGCUUUAACACCGUAUGUUGCCGUUAGUUCAGACAGUGGUAUGAUGGAAUCUCAAAGGCAAUCCAACGAUGGCUGAUGGGUGCUCACGUAUACACGCGGUCACCAAAUCCACUCUCUAUUUGUGUUAAAUCAAUAAAGCUCAAGUUUUACUUAUGAGCUAUUUGUAAUACUUAUGAUUUAUUUAUGAAAUGUGUUGUGUCAAUGUUAUAUUGA